ACCUAAACCAACAUGAACAGAGGCAGAGGUGGAUUUAGAGGCGGCCGUGGCGGCAGAACAGGACCUUCGCAGUUCCAACAGGGUCCUCCCGACACUGUUUUAGAAAUGGGAGCCUUCAUGCAAGCUUGUGAAGGAGACAUAGUCUGUCGUUCUAUCAAUGUCAAGAUCCCUUAUUUCAACGCUCCUAUCUACUUGGAAAACAAGACACAAAUUGGAAAGGUGGACGAAAUCUUGGGUCCAUUAAACGAAGUUUUUUUCACCAUCAAGCCUUCUGAAGGUGUCAAGGCAGACUCCUUCAAGGAAGGAGAUAAAUUUUUCAUUGGUCCAGACAAGUUGUUACCUUUGGAAAGAUUCUUGCCAAAGCCUAAGGAAGUGGGUCCAAAGCCUAAGAGAAAGUCUGGUGGUGCUGGAGGUGCUAGCAGAGGUGGUUUCGGCGGACGUGGAGGAGCCAGAGGAGGAUUUGGUGGCCGUGGAGGAGCCAGAGGAGGAUUCGGUGGCCGUGGUGGCUCUAGAGGUGGAUUCAGUGGCGGUCGUGGUGGAUCCAGAGGAGGAUUUGGUGGUCGUGGAGGAUCCAGGGGUGGUUUUGGUGGAUCCAGAGGAGGAAGAGGUGGCCGUUUCUAGGCUCCAAUGCUUCUGCUAAUCUUUCCUGGCAUUCUACAAUAGCCUAAUGAAUUUGUAACGAAAUCCUUUACUGCUAUGCUACAUUCCAGAUGCACCCAUUAUAGCCACAAACUGUAUUUUAGAAAGCACCUCAUGGAAAUAGAGAACAUCGUCAUUAUCAUCAUCAUAUAUAUCUCAUAACUUUCUUAUUUUCAUUAUUCAUUUUUGUAUAAUUUUAUAUUAUAAUUAUUGCCAUAAACGUCAAUCAGAACUAG